AGAGGAACCUCCAUCACGCGGUUUCUCCGCCUGCUUUCAGAACCGCCCAGCCCCAGGUUUUGGGGAGUCUUGGGGGGUUCCAGCCUUGGGGGUCCUUGGGGAGCAGCUGCCCCGUGAGGGGGUCCCACCCUGGAGGGGUCCCACCCUGGGUGCGGUCGUGUCCCACCCUCGGUGAGGGGACGUUGGUGACAGAAAAUGGCGCCGGCGCUGGAGCUGAACCUCCUCCUCUUCCUCCUCUUCUUCCUCCUCUCCCUCCUCUUCGCCACACCAGCCCGGGCACAAGAACCCCAACCCUUGGAGGUGACCGGAGCCGUGGGCGGGGUGGCACUUCUGAACCCCCAAACGCCCCAAAACCCCUCAGAAUACUCCCAAAUCCACUGGCGAUGGAAAAACGAGCAGAGGAUCGCCACCCUGAAGUGGGGGGAGCUGCCCAGGUACCCCCGGAGCCGCUUUGAGGGACGCCUGGAACUCCUGGAGAACGGAACCCUCAGGAUGAGCAACCUGAACCUCGGGGACAGCGGCGAGUUCCGGCUGUACCUGGAGGAUGACACGGGCAGGGAGAGCGUCCAGAAGGUUCUGCUGAGGGUCUACGACCUGGUCCCCAAGCCCCGCGUGACGGCCACCACCAACGGCGACCCCCAGGUGUGCAACAGCACCCUGAGCUGCUCCGUGGCCCUCCAAGAGGUCACCUACGAGUGGAUCUCGCCCCAGAAGGCCCUGAUGAAGCAGGGCCCCAUCCUGGAGGUCUUCAUCAAGCCCCCGGUGGAAACCUACGUGUGCAGGGUCAGCAACCCCGUGUCCUCCAGCAACGCCUCGCUGACCUUCCGGCGGCCCUGCAGCUGGACAGAAGAAUUCUCCUCGUCCACCACCCGCACCAUGCCCAGCGCCCUGGUGGCCCUGGGACACCUCGUCCUCCUCUUCCUCCUGCUCGCCGUGGCUUGAGGACCCCGCGGGCGGCCCCUCCGGCCACCUCCUCACCUUCCACCACCACCACGGGACCAAGAUCCCGAUGAAGAUCCCGAAAUCCUCCGGGCGAGGAAAAACCGCGGGCGCACGAGGGAAUGGAAUCAUUGGAAUAAUUCAGUUUGGGGUUCAUCUGCAAAUCCUCCUCUUCCUCAUCCCAAAACCUGUGGGGAGGGAGACCCGAUCUGAGCCUUUCCUGGGGUUCCCUGGGAUUUUGGGGGAUCCCCUUUUGUUGGGAUGGCCUUUGGUGCUCCCGGCCAGGGAGGGCUUGGGGUCGGGUUUGGAUUUCCCAAAUGUUCCUUUGCACAUUAAACCCCAUUCUGGACACCCCAUUUCAUUUC